AUAAUCAAACAUUAAGACCUUCCAGAGGAAAAAUGGCUACCGCUAGAUUGUUGCGUGCGUCUAAGCCUGUGGACUAUGUUUUCUCUUCUUCUUCCUCCUCUUCUUCUCCGGUGAGAAGAGUGAGGUGUACAGCCAAGGCGACUGGGUUCAAUGGAGAGACUAAGGUUUCCGGGAAUGGCGAAAGGAAAUCAACGGUGGCUAUGAAGGCUUCUGUGGUUGCAUCAGAGUCUCUGAUCGCAUCAAAGCCGCUAGUUGAACAAGGAAAAGAUUUGGUGUGUCAGCUGGCAAAUGCACCGGAUGCCCUGCUUAAGAUGCUCAAACCUUUGAGAUUUGAUGUUCAAACUUUCAUCGAAAGGGUUAUAAUUGAUUGUCGAUUCUUUACUGUACUUGCUGUUGCGGGAUCCUUACUUGGCUCAGUUCUGUGUUUCAUGGAGGGCUGUUUGCUUGUUUUGGAGUCAUAUUUCCAGUAUUUCCAUUCAUUAUCACAGAAAUUUAAUCAAGCAGAUAUGGUUCAAUCACUCAUAGAAGCCAUGGAUAUGUUCUUGGUUGGAACUGCCAUGCUUAUCUUUGGUAUGGGUUUGUAUGUCAUGUUUGUGGGAUCAAAGAAUAUUAACGGACCAAAUCCAUCUCUACCAAGGUCUAACUUGUUUGGUCUCUUCCAUUUGAAGACACCUCCAACAUGGAUCAAAAUGGACUGUGUUUCACAAGCAAAAUCGAAAAUUGGGCACGCCGUGAUGAUGAUACUCCAAGUGGGAAUUUUAGAGAAAUUCAAGAGCAUACCUCUUGUUACCAGUUUAGAUUUCGUCUGUUUUGCUGGAGCCAUACUAAUUUCCUCAGCCUGUAUAUUCGUUCUUUCAAGACUUUCUGGUGGUCCAUUGAAGAUAGGAAGCUUAAGGAUUCUAUAGAAAUUACAAAAUACUUGUACAAGAUCGAAGAGAUACAUCGAUCUUAAUUUUCUAGUUCCGUUUUUUUUUUUUUAUGCAAGCAAUUCUUUUUGCAGAAUUAUUUUUUGUACGUAUACACACAUACAUUAGCAAAAGGAAAAAUUUUAUGUAAUACCUGAGUUGAAACAAGAAAAUAAUAACAUUGUA